GCCGUUUUUAUCGUCAUUCCUUCAGUUACGCGCCAAAACGCACCCGACAACACGGCAACAACAGCGAACGCAAUGAAAAUCGUGAAUCACGACUGAGAUGUCAUGGCGAAGACGAAGCAACACUGCGCCAACUGCUUCUCGAGGUCUUACCUUCUUCCUAACAUACUCGAUAUUCUCAGCGGUGCUGGGUAUGUUGCAGUUCGGUUACAAUACCGGUGUGAUAAAUGCGCCCGAAAAGAAUAUUGAGAAUUUCAUGAAGGAUGUCUACAAGGAUCGCUAUGGUGAGGAUAUUAGUGAGGAGUUCAUACAACAGCUGUACUCGGUGGCGGUGUCGAUAUUCGCCAUUGGCGGCAUGUUGGGUGGUUUCAGCGGCGGUUGGAUGGCCAAUCGCUUCGGCAGAAAAGGCGGAUUAUUAUUAAAUAAUGUACUUGGCAUAUCGGGUGCUUGUCUAAUGGGUUUUACCAAAGUUAGUCAUUCCUAUGAAAUGUUAUUCCUUGGCCGAUUUAUUAUUGGUGUUAAUUGCGGUCUUAAUACAUCAUUGGUGCCAAUGUACAUCUCCGAAAUAGCGCCACUGAACUUACGCGGUGGAUUAGGUACUGUAAAUCAAUUGGCUGUGACAAUAGGUUUACUACUAUCCCAAGUGUUGGGAAUCGAACAAAUUUUAGGAACUAAUGAAGGCUGGCCAGUUUUACUUGGUCUAGCCAUAUGUCCAGCAAUAUUGCAAUUAAUAUUACUGCCGGUAUGCCCGGAAUCGCCCAGAUAUCUGCUUAUAACGAAACAAUGGGAAGAGGAAGCCCGAAGAGCGUUACGACGACUACGUGCCUCGAGUUCGGUUGAGGAAGACAUCGAAGAGAUGCGCGCCGAAGAACGCGCUCAACAAUCCGAAAGCCACAUCUCCACCAUGGAGCUCAUCUGCUCGCCCACACUGCGACCACCAUUGAUUAUCGGCAUUGUUAUGCAGCUGAGUCAACAAUUUAGCGGUAUCAAUGCGGUACUCUACUACUCGACAUCGCUAUUUAUGAGCUCAGGCCUGACGGAGGAGAGCGCCAAAUUCUCAACGAUAGGCAUUGGCGCUAUAAUGGUGCUAAUGACGCUCGUCUCAAUACCGUUAAUGGAUCGCACCGGUCGUCGAACACUCCAUCUAUACGGUUUAGGUGGCAUGUUCAUAUUCUCGAUAUUCAUAACGAUUUCAUUUUUAAUUAAGGAAAUGAUCGAUUGGAUGUCGUAUCUGUCGGUGGUGUCAACGCUCGGCUUUGUUGUAUUCUUCGCUGUGGGACCCGGCUCCAUACCGUGGAUGAUAACGGCGGAAUUGUUCUCGCAAGGACCGAGACCCAGCGCGAUGGCAAUUGCUGUACUAGUCAAUUGGAUGGCGAACUUUGUUGUCGGCAUUGGUUUCCCCAGUAUGAAGGCUGAAUUGGAGAAUUACACAUUCUUACCGUUUAGCGUUUUCUUAGCUAUAUUUUGGAUAUUCACCUACAAGAAGGUUCCUGAGACUAAGAAUAAGACAUUCGAGGAGAUAUGCGCGCUGUUCCGCCACGGCAAUGGAAGGAGUAUGCUAAACUGCACAAAUAGCUUGGAGCCACAAAGUAUGAAUUCUGGCAUCGAACAUGCCGCAUUGAUGGUAUCUGAGGAAAAGACCCAACAUGACUCACCUGCAUCCGAGCGUUGUUUAGAAGGCGGCCGAAAUACACUCCAGGGCCGGAGCGGUGCCUCUGCGCCCCAUCACCAUCGUCAGCAAAUACCUGUCUGCCCGAACAGCGGGCCUUGACUGAGGAACGCCUCACCUCCUGAAACUGCCAGUGUACAUUCAACGAAUGCUGAACAACACCAACAAUACCCACAUCAACAACACCAAACACAAGCGAAAACUUCACGCCAACAACAACAACAGCAGCAGCAACAGCAACAGCAGACACAGCAACAUCAUCACGUACAUUGUAGCUAUGAUAAGGAUAUUGUAUGUGACGACACGCAAGCGCACCUGCAGCAAUUGCAACAGCAACAACAACAGCACGGCGAUCUGCCACCGACGCCGCACCGCCACCAACCGCAACGCAAGCACAGUCACAGUCCACACCAUAGUCGCCACACAUCGCCGCACAGUCAUCACUCGCACAGCCAACACUCAUCACCGCAUCAAUCGCAUCAUCAUAUGCACGAAACCGAUUCGCUAACGCGCGGCAGCGGUAACUCAAGCUUACAUGGUCCACACGGACAUAGCCAACACAGUGAACCGCGUUCCACAAAUCGGCAUCACAGCCAUACACAUGGCAGCAGCUGCACACGACGACAUCGUUCGGCCACAGAUAUUUCCAGCACAUCGCUGAACACAUGCCACGAUCCAACCUGUGUGGAUCGCGAGGUGCAAGAGAUCUUGGUGCGCAAGACAUGUUGCAAUUCUUCGCGCACUGAGCUCGCACAAUAUUUCGCCGAGGAUCUGUACGGUUCUACACGCCGUCCCUCGUCUUGUUGCACCUCUUCGGAUUAUUGCUAUCAAACUGAUUCGACUAGUCUGUAUGGCUCACGCUCAUCGCUCAGUCGCAAUAAUUCCAUUAAGUCAGCGUCGGUUGCCUUACGCAAACGUCGUUUGCACCAGCGGCAGCCUAGUUACACAUCGAUCUCUUUGCGUGGCUUGAACGCCGGACGUCCAAGCAGUCAACCCGGUUCGCUAACUUCCGUUUUUGAUCGUGCCAAACAAAUGGGUAUCGAUGCCGUGACCAUCGAACGGCAGACAUCAAAAGAUGCGCUGAGCAAUGAUCUGCCCGAGUAUGCCUGCUCACCAUCACCAAUACGUUGGAGCUUCCUGGCCGAUGGUAAAUCUCCAACUGAAUUCGAACGCGCGGUGGGCGAUGCGGACACCAAAGAUCCGUGGACUUCUGCGGAUGAGCAACCACGUGUGUCACGUGAGCCGAAACCUACUAAAUGUGAGCAUCGCAGCGAACACCGCAGCGAGCAUCGUUCUUACACCAUGCAACACAGCAGCCGUAAGCAUGCGCACGACGAGCGUCCUAGCACUUCGGCUGCAGCGGCGGCGCGCAAGUGCCGCGAGAGUCCUAUAAACUGUGAUUUUGAAGAGACUUCGACCACGGUGCUAUUCCAUCAGGAGGCGGACUCCUACAAUAACUGUUGCAAUAACUACAUCCAAUGUAACACCUACCUCGAUCAAGAUCUGCAGAUCACCAGUGAAGACAUACAUCAAUAUCUCUCAAAGGGCAAUCAACAGUCUAGUGAUGUGUUGAACAAUUCUAAAAACUAUCCAUUCCAGCCCAGCAAUGCUUUGGAGUUUCAGUAUAAAAACAAUUUCGCCAACAACAAUACCGGUGCCGCUUCCUCGGAGGGUGGUGACAGCGUGCGCGGCUAUGAGUUCUGUUUUCGACGCAACUCCAGCAAAGAGACAAAUCUAAAUCAGAAUUCAACCGCCGCUGGCACAUCCGUUGGUGAGUCGGAGGGCGCUACAGCCUGUGCCGCGUCCUCUUGUAGCAGCACACCACUCUCGCCAACCAACAUAAACCUCUCGUCUAGCACGAAUAACAUCAACAUCGUCUUCGGCAACUACACCGAACGCAAUGCCAAUGAAGUCAAGUUCAUUAACACCACGCGCGGCGGUGAUACGGUCGCCGUCUCAACCGAGGCGCAUCACAGCGGCUACCUGCCAUACACUUACCCAAGCUACGACUAUACCAAUAUGUCGGCAAACUCGCAGUUCGACAAGCCGCUGGGCAUCGGUGAGCUGCCCAAAGACUUCACCAGCACUGCCGGCAGUGCUGCAGUUGGCGAAGAGGAAGGCGCUAUCGGUGGCUGCUCUAGCGCCACUUGUGGCUCACCAACAAUCACCGCCACAAGCGAUGGUCAACACUCAUCGCUACUGCAAUCGCCUGUGCCCACAGGUGUCUCAUUCGAAUCCUUCGAUGCCGCAUCCGAUCACAAUUUGAUCUCGUGUCGUGGCAGCUGUCAGUUUUCACCAACACCACGUUCACCAUUGUCGCCCGCAUCGCCAGCCUCCUCACCAUGUUUGUCGGCUUCCAUUAACCCCGCCGCAGCGUCCUAUGUGAAUACACAUCAUCCAUAUUUUCAUUAUCAGGCGCAUGGCGCCGAUCAACAGCAAUCACCCAGCAAUCAUUAUCACAAUCACACGCAAUAUCAUCAGCAUCAGCAAUUCACCGAAAGCUUUAAGAUCAGCAAUGCAUUCAAAAAGGUGCGCAAGCGUGCACGCAAAUAUACCGAUUUCCUGCGCAAAAAGUGAGCAAGCCGAUCGAACGAUUCGACACAAACGAUGUGCCGCGAUCAUUAAGCGAACAGCAAUCGUGCAUCGUUCGUUUGUCGACGCAUCCAACACACAUGCGGAUCGUUUGAACGAUGCUUCGCCAGCGCGAAGAUUUGUAAAAGUUUGCUAUGUGUAUACGUGUCUCUAUUUUGUGCAGAUUCUCCAUACUUUGGCAAGCGGUAU